AGUGUGUGUGUGUGUGUGUGUGAGAGAGAGAUAGAGUAGUGAAUAUAGACGAGGAAGGAGUUUGCAUUUUCAUCUUCUUGCUAAACAGAGGUUCUGCAUUGUUGUGCUUAUUUUGGUGUAAAGAACGAGUCAUGGGCGAUUCAAGUGACUCAGUUUCAAUUGAUAUUGAUAUGGCACCUCUAGGAGGGAAGGAAUGUUCAGUUAAGACAAGAAAAGGUAUAAUCUCAGUUUUUGUAUGUGGGGAUCUAGGAAAACCGGCUUUGAUAACAUACCCAGAUGUUGCUCUCAAUUACACGUCCUGUUUCCAGGGUCUCUUCCUUUGCCCAGAUGCAGCUUCUUUGUUGCUUCACAACUUCUGCAUUUACCAUAUUGAUGCCCCAGGGCAUGAGUUGGGAGCUGGUGUGAUAUGUUCAGAUGUGCCAUUGCUCAGUGUGGAUGAUCUUGCAGACCAGGUUGCUGAAGUACUUGAUUUUUUUGGGCUGAAAGAAGUUUUCUGCAUGGGUGUAACUGCUGGUGCUUACAUUCUUACGCUCUUUGCUACGAAAUAUAGAGAACGUGUACUUGGAUUGAUCCUUGUUUCCCCCAUAUGUAAAGAACCUUCGUGGACAGAAUGGCUUUAUAACAAGGUAUUGUUGAACUUAUUGUACUUUUACGGAAUGUGUGGUUUAUUGAAGGAAUGCCUUCUCCAGCGCUAUUUUAGCAAGGAACUUAGGUAUGGCAUGCAGGAUGCAGAGUCAGACACCAUCCAAGCUUGCCGAAGGUUGUUGGAUGAAAGGCAAAGUUUGAACGUCAUGCGACUUCUUCAAGCAAUUAAUGAGAGGCAUGAUCUCACAGAUGGCUUAAAGAAGCUGCACUGCAAAACUCUCAUAUUUGUAGGUGAAUGCAGUCCAUUCUAUGCCGACUCCGUGUACAUGAAUUCCAUAAUGGACCAGAGAAUCAGCACACUUGUUGAGGUUCAAUCAUGCGGCUCACUAGUGACGGAAGAGCACCCAUUCGCAAUGCUAAUCCCCAUGGAAUUCUUCUUAAUGGGGUUUGGUGUCUACCGGCAGCCACCUUUUGCUUCCUCGUCGAGUCAUGGCUCAACCCCUGCCAGGCUUUCAAUCCACUCAUGUAUAGCACCAGAGCUGCUCUCUCCAGAGAGUCUAGGUAUCAAGCUAAAACCCAUCAAAACCCGUGCAACCAUUGAAGCUUAAAGCAGAAAAUGUGCCCCUCUUCAUGUCAUUGCUGCAUUCCACAAAUGUCGGAUGCCAUAGCUUUUUUUUCUUUUUCUUUUCUUGCACAUAUAAAUGUAGUCACAUUUAGUGUAUCAUUAUUCAUUCUUUGAUUGAAUUAAUGUGUUGAUAGCGGCGUGUUUUGGUGUGUAAAUUCAUUUGAAUGGAUUCUUUCUAGGUGAUUAGACAAAUUGAUUAAGAGAUGUUUAAUCAUUUUGAGGUUAGUGGUGUGAUUUUGUUGAAGGGAAUCAUGUGUAUGUGUACUUUUUCUUUAAAAAUCACUGCUGUGUAAUUUUGAUAAUACUUUGUAAUAGCAAGCCAAAGGAAGACCUAGUGGCCAAAUUUCUUCUUC